AUUGAAGGCUGAAUCCGUACGUGAAGCAUCACUUUAUUUAUCAUGCAUUAAAUAUGAGAUGAGUUGGUUAUAUAUAGAAGUAAUUCCAAACGUUACGUCAUUAGGAUCAGGUCGAGCAUUGCGAAAUCAAUUUUGCAUCUGCAACGGUUUACGAAAUAAUAAGGAUAAUUUCGGCAAGUGAUAUAACUUUAAAUGGAUUGAGACAAUGAGAGUGUUUUUGUUUUGCUUCCUCGUUUGUUCAGUUGCAUCUGACGAUUAUUAUAAUAGAAGAUACGACUAUUUCGACGUCGAUACGUUGGUUGAGAAUCCCAGGCUUCUGCAGAAAUAUAUGGAUUGCUUCUUGGAUAAAGGGCCUUGCACUCCAGUGGGAAGAGUGUUCAAACGGGUCCUGCCAGAAUUAGUGGCCACAGGCUGCGCGAAGUGCACGCCGUCGCAACGACGCUUCGCCAAGCGCACCUUCGCGGCGUUCAAACGAGACCUCCCUGAGAGCCACGCCGAGCUGAAGAAGAAGAUAGAUCCUACUAACCAGAACUACGAUAACUUUGAAAGGAAAAUAGCUGAUGCUUAAAGAAGUUUAGCCUUGGAGGUUUUCGAAAUAG